CACCAUUCUGGGCAAUACGUGGUUCUGCAAGAACAAAAAAUGUUCUCGGCAUGGGGCCGUUAAAUCACUCGCGACCUCGCGCAUAUCUCUAUACCACUCGGUAACAUCGCGGGAUAUUCACAUAAUGCCUCCUCGCCGCCAACUUCCCUGGGCUAUCAAAGAUAGUGGCAAAAACCCCACCGUGAAGCCACCUCGAGCAAAGCGAACUAUUCAAUCCGGCAUUGACGAUGAUUUCUUCGAUGGGACUGUACUGGAAAGCUCCCGAAAAGGCGAAGAACGAGCAAAUGUAGACUCGGACAAUGAUUUUCCGGGUUCAUCCUACAAGUUUGCGAAUACGACGCGUAAAGGUAGUGAAUCGAACCGUGAUGCUCGUUUGCCCUCAUCUUCACCCCCGCCAAUCGCUGCAGACCUUCCGCCGCCAACAACGGAAUAUAUGCUUGCGGGCGUCGAUAAGUUCGACCUCCGCGACGACGAAUGGAUGAUGGUGGAAGAUGAACUGUUGCAAACAGCUAAGUUGUUUACGCAGCACCUUCACCUUGCAGAGUACGAGACACUGAAAACGAAGAUGGAAGAGUUGAGGAAAGAGACUGCUGCGAGGGCCGUUGUUCCGAACGCAAAGCCGUCAGUUGAUGCGUACUUCAAGCGCAAGGCUCAAGAACAAGCACAGAUGCAGAAGAAGGCGCUCAGGGAGAUUGUCUCAACACACGACAGUGAGAGCGAAGGCGACGAAGAGCCACAACGAGCGGUUCCGGACAGGACCGCACCAUCACUCCUACCGGCAAGACCCCUGAGCAGAGCCAGAGCGCCAGCCAACGAGACCGCCUCUGAUAGCGACGACCUUGACAUGCCAGAGCGACCGCCAACAAUGAAACUAUCCACCAUCCUACCGAAGGAUACAGUAAAAAAUGUCCCAGCUAAGCGACCAGAAGUCUUCGUGAAGCCCGCAUCGAAGACGCCGAGCAAACCAGCUCGCGUACAGCGCCGAAAUGUUUGGGACGAUUGGGAUGAGCUCAAUGCCAGUCCGAAACCAUUGAUUCCAGCGCGUUCUCCCUCACGAACACCAAACCGAGCGUCGUCGCCCAAGAAAGCAAUUAGAACUUCGACGCACCAACAAUCGUCAUCACCUAUUAGUUCUCUCCCCACGCUAAUCACGAAACGAGCACACAACGUUACUUCCGCGCCCUCAAAGGGCGCUACGACGAUCCUGGACGACGAGGACCUCAACCCGCCGAAGCGGAUCCACCUGGCCAAGGACACAGCCGAUCAGCUAGCCAAACGUAAGGCCGACAAGGAUCGGGAGGAAAAGAAGAGGCAGAAGUACGACGACAUCCCGACUUUUCUAUUCUGAUCGUGGUGUCAAUAUUGGCGUUUGGAAUUUCCGAGUCGGCUGGUUGAUACCCUGGUCUUGGAUAUUGCCGUUUGGCACAAGCAUUCAAUUGCUACUGGCUCUGAUAUAUAGAGAUAUAGAUGGUACAUGUGACCUUGUCAUUCACAAA